AAACGUACAUUUUACUCGUACUUCUAAUCCUACAAUACAAUCUCCCCCCAUUUCUAAAAAUGGAUAUUUUCUUCCUCCAAAAAGCCAUUUACGCAAUCUUAUUCACCAUUAUACUUUCCAUAACAAUCUCAAAACUCAAAGGUCGAAAAUUCAAGCUCCCGCCCGGCCCGCUACCCGUACCCAUAUUCGGUAAUUGGUUACAAGUCGGCGAUGACUUAAACCACAUAAACUUAACCCAACUAACCAAAAAAUUUGGCAACAUAUUUCACCUUAAAAUGGGGCAAAGAGACCUCGUUGUGGUCUCUUCCCCAAAACUUGCUAAAGAAGUUCUUCACACUCAAGGCGUCGCUUUUGGGUCAAGAACCCGAAGCGUCGUCUUAGACAUUUUUACUGGUAAAGGUCAAGACGCAGUAUUCACCGUUUACGGUGAACACUGGCGUAAAAUGAGACGGAUUAUGACCGUCCCAUUUUUUACUAGUAAAGUUGUACAACAAUAUAGAUUCGGUUGGGAAGCUGAAGCUGCAGCUUUAAUUGAUGAUGUAAAAAAUAAUCCGGUUGCGAGUAGUGAUGGGAUUGUUUUAUAUAAACGUUUACAAUUAAUGGUUUAUAAUAAUCUCUAUAGACUUAUGUUUGAUCGAAGAUUUGAGAGUGAAAAUGAUGAAUUGUAUAUUAAAGUUAAAGGUUUGAACAGUGAAAGAGCUAGAUUGGGUCAGAGUUUUGAGUUUAAUUACGGGGAUUUUAUACCAAUUUUGAGACCUUUUCUCAGGGGUUAUUUGAAGUUGUGUAAGGAAGUUAGGGAUCGGAGGUUGAAGCUUUUUAAGGAUUACUUUGUUGAUGAACGCAGGAAGAUAGCUAGUACAAAGGGACCGAAUAGCAAUGAACUAAAAUGCGGCAUGGAUCACAUCUUGGAGGCUAAAGAUAAGGGCGAAAUUAAUGAGAACAAUGUGCUUUAUAUAGUUGAGAAUAUUAACGUCGCUGCAAUUGAGACAACAUUGUGGGCAUUUGAAUGGGCAAUUGCAGAACUAGUCAAUCAUCCACAAAUUCAGACAAAAGUAAGAGAAGAAAUAGACACAGUUUUAGGAAAAGAAAAUCAAAUUACAGAGCCAGACACAACAAAAUUACCAUACCUACAAGCAGUGAUCAAGGAAAGUCUAAGACUAAGAAUGGCCAUUCCUCUCCUAGUACCGCACAUGAACUUACACGAUGCUAAACUCGGGGGCUACGAUAUUCCAGCAGAGAGCAAAAUCCUCGUGAACGCAUGGUGGUUAGCAAACAAUCCUGAGCAUUGGAAGGACCCCCAAGAGUUUAGGCCCGAGAGGUUCUUAGAAGAGGAGUCUAAGGUUGAACCGAGUGGAAACGAUUUUCGAUACCUUCCUUUUGGUACUGGUCGAAGGAGUUGCCCGGGCAUUAUUCUUGCCCUGCCUAUAAUGGCGAUUACAAUCGGUCGUUUGGUUCAAAACUUUGAGCUCUUACCACCUCCUGGACAGUCUAAGCUUGAUACUACUGAGAAGGGUGGACAGUUUAGCUUGACAAUACUUGAACACUCUACUAUUGUACUCAAACCCAGGAACUAAACAAUUUGCUAUUAAUAGUAAUAAUUCAAGUACUGUCUAAUAAUAAUGUGUGCUAGACUAUGUACUUUAACAAUAAUCACCAUUAUAUAAUAAUGAUCUUUUUGGUUGAUCUAUGUUGCUCAAUUCACAUAUACAAGAAUGAUUUGCACGUUUAGUUAGAGGCCAUUUUCUACAUGUAUGUAUCUGCUGGACUUCAUCAAAUACAUAUAUGGAUGAUUUAUCCCAU